AGCGUCAAUAAAAGGCGGCGGCAGAGGCCGGGAGCUGUCACUUGGGGCUUGGAGGAUUAUCGUGGCGAAAGGCGCUUCACGUUCAACCUGAAAAUGCCAGGAUUCUUUUUCUCCCACARCAACAUGAGUGAAUUAAGUGGAAAAGAAGAUUGCAAGCUGGCAGAAGGCAAGGGCCAUAAAAAGAAGCAGAAGGCUUUUGGUGCAGAUCUCAAAAAUUAUUUGAAGUGCAUGGUACCACAUAUUGAAUCUGGGAUCAAGACUUCCAACUCUAGAAAMGACAUGCUUUCUGYGGAGGAAGUUAUUCAGUGGUCACAAUCUUUGGAAAAGCUCUUGGCCAGCCAAAGUGGUCAAGGUGUCUUUCGGGAGUUCCUGAAGUCAGAAUUCAGCGAGGAAAACAUCGAGUUCUGGUUGGCCUGUGAGGAUUACAAGAAAACCAAGUCUGACCACCUGCAUGGCAAAGCAGAGAGGAUUUAUGAGGAGUUUGUUCAGUCAGAUGCCAUCAAGCAGAUCAAUAUUGAUUAUCAGAUGAGGGAAGCAACAGCCAAAAAAGCUCAAGACCCAACUCACACGAGUUUUGAUGAAGCCCAGAAAACGGUGUACAUCCUUAUGGAAAGGGAUUCGUACCCCAGAUUUUUAAAAUCCAAAUCCUACCUGAACCUUUUGAACCAGCUGCAAAGCAACCCUUCCAAAUAAAGUGUUGGAAGAGCCAAGGAGACUCUGUGACAAAUAUCCUGCAAAGAGAUCCGCCACGGUGRCUGGAUCUUGCCAAGGAAAAUCCCAGCCUUGGGAGGAGGAGUGGAAAGAGCUCCACAGCCACGAGAAUGAGGGAUAAAAGCUGGUGAGGAUGCCACAAGGGCAGAAGCAGCACAGGAGAAAACCCCUUCCUCCCACACCCAUGGAGCCAAGGCAGGAUAUGAAAAUUGUAGUUGAAGCUGCMCUGGGAGCAGUGAACUAUGCCUCAGGUCCCAAGGAACUGUUGAUUUUGUCAGGAASUGCAAGACUUGCAAGCUGAACAAUGGGAAAAGAUCAUCAAGUCCAGAAGGAAAAGUAGGAUGACUGACAAUUUUGGGCAUCACAAGAAAAUGCCAAGAAAAGACUGACAUCUCUCUUAAAAAUCUGUGUUAAUGAGUGUGAGUGUGAGCUCCACGAUGCUGUUGUGCUAUGUAAAUACAUUCUAAAUUGACAUGUCUUAAAAUUGRUAUGUUUUAAAUUAUGUGAGAUCGAUAUAAGCUGUAUUUUUAUUAAGUUUGUAUUCAACAGGCAGGUAUGUAGCAUCUUUGCUGUUUAAUUUAUUGAAAAAUAAUAACAAACUCUUCAUUGAGAUAUAAAUAAAAUAAACUUUCAUAGU